AUGGUGGAGCUGGUCAAGGAUGGAUAUUACGAGUCCCUUCCUUUCACUUCCGGUGGAUAUACUUGGACGUUUAAAAUCUACCCAAACGGAAACACGAAGGAAGGAGUACUGCCAGGAUGGGUUUCGGUUUAUAUAAAAAUUGAUAACUCAAUCUUCAUCACCAACCCACAAGAUGUGUAUGCAGAUAUCAAGUUCUUCGUCUACGACGGUUUCAAUCGUUUCUACUCUACACACCAAGAAAGUGAGCCAGUAAGGUUUCAUAGUUUAAAAACGGAGUGGGGAAUGCCGUAUUUUCUGUCCACGGCAUGUUUCGUCGAGGGAUCGUCGGCAUUUAUUUACGACGGAGGGGAAUGUAAGUUCGGAAUAGAUAUCUUCGUUGAUCAAAGCUACCAGAGGGAAGUUUUCUCUUAUGACGAAAACGUCACCAACCCCAUUUUCACUUGGAACAUCACCAAUUUCUCUACCCUCUCUAAUUACUCUUACACAUCCAAUACGUUUUCUUCUGGAGACAGAAACUGGGUUUUGAAAGUGUAUCCAAAGGGAUAUGGUGUUGGAAAGGAUAAAUAUUUGUCACUCUUCCUGUUGAGUGAGAAUAAAGAAAUCAAUUACGUGAAAGCCACGCUACGAGUUCUAAACCAAAUCACAUCCCAGAAUGUGGCGAAGCAAGUCGAGGGAUGGCCCAAUGCAGUAGAAAAUGGAUGGGGUUUCCAGCAGUUCAUAAUUCUUGCAGAUCUUCAAGAUAAAUCCAAAGGUUUUGUUGUGAACGAUAUACUUCAAGUUCAAGUCGAGAUCAUGGCCUUCUCUAAACACACUCCAAUUCACUAGGGGUCUAUGGUGAGCCCAAAAAAAACCUCCCUAUAUCCUCUUUCGCUUUUUUUACUUCUGCGUAAUUUAUUAACAAUGUCAUUCGUGGAAAGCUCAAAUCGGAGAUCUCUUUGAAACUACUCCGAGAUAUAUUAUCAUCAGUAGAUCGCUGAAGCCAUGCGAUGCGAGAUCCCUACCUCUCUUUUGUUUAUGUGUCCAAAAUAAGAAAGGUUUCUAUAACUC